AUGGGGUCUUCAACCUACUAUCCUUACGAGCCUACCAAGGCAGGUGCUACAAUUGCAAUGUUGUUGUUCGGAUCGAGCGCAUUUUUUCAUCUUUGGCAAAUGAUCAAGACAAGAACGUGGUUUUUUACCGCUUUUCUUAUCGGUGCUUUCAUGAUGAUGCUUGGCUACAUUUUCCGUUUGAUCUCUGCACGAAGCCCGGAUAGCCUUGUCUCGUAUAUCUGCCAAUCCAUGUUCAUCAUUCUCCCACCAUCUCUUUACGCCGCGACAAUCUACAUGACUUACGGCCGAAUCGUCAAUUUCGUGGGCCAGCCUCAUCUAUCCAUCGUGGCACCUCGCAAGGUGACAAAAAUAUUCGUAUCGGGAGACACUACCGCUUUCCUCCUACAGCUAGGUGGUGGUGGUAUGCAGACUGUCGAUAGUAUGCGCAGCCUUGGACAGAAGAUCCUAGUUGUUGGAUUGAUUGUUCAACUGAUUUUCUUCGGAUUCUUCCUCUACGUCUCUGUCGUUUUCCAGCGUCGACUGGGGAAGGCUAAUCUCCAUAUUAUUGGUGGUCCAUGGCGUCGACUUCUGCAUAUUCUGUUUCUGGUAUCUGCAUUGGUCAUUGGACGAUGUGUAUUUCGCAUCAUCGAGUAUGUUGGCGGAACUGAUGGAUAUGUGUACUCACAUGAGGUUUACAUGUACAUUUUUGACACGAUUCCGAUGUUCUUUGUACAGGCAAUCUUCCACUUUGUCCAUCCGGGUAAGAUCUUGGUGGGAAAGGGCCCUGUCGUUGACAAUUAUGUAAACCUUCAAGAUGUGUGA